AUGGCUAAGAGCUGUGGACAGACCCCCAUGACACAGCUAGCCUUCAGAGAGCUGCUCAUCCAGGAGCUUCCUGACUAUGGCACAAAGUCCACUGCAGCACCUUCUGUCCCCUCUACCUCUGUCCCCUCUACUCCUGCCACCAGUGCCAUCAGUGUGGGGGUCCCUGCCCCCCCUCCCAUCCCUGAGAAGGCCCCUGCCCCGAGGAACCUCACCGAAGAGACCGUACAGCCCCCUGUUGCCCCCUUUGACAACCCAACUGACCAUUCUCACACACCCAAUACUGCAGUCCUCAUACACAAAGCUCCCACCACCACCACCACCCCACACACACCUGUCCACCACACCACUCCAUCGAGCCAUUCCCUUCAUCCCUCCACCCAUCAUCCCAAAACCCACUCACCCACCACCACCGAUUCCCCAGCUAAACCAGCCCCUACUAGGCCUGAGACCACCACUAACACCACCUCUGCCCCCCAGCCCAGCUCAACCCCCAGCCCUAACCCAGAGACCUCUACCCAGCCUAAACAGCCCCUCAGUCCCCAUCCUACAACCACUACCACCACCUCUCCCCCAGCUGAACCUACAUCUGAGUCCCAGCCCCAGACCUCCAGCACCACCCAGCUUCCCCCGGCCUCCACCCCAGCCAGCAGCCCUCCAGCCCAGGCUAAAACACACGCCAACACCCCCUCUCAGCUCAAUAUGGUGAAUGCAGGGGAACCAGUGUUCCAUAAUGGCGCUCCUGCCCUGGACCCUCUCCUAGCUGGACUAGUGUCAGCCUCACUGUCACUGCAGCCAUCAUCACCCUGCUCCUCUUCAUCAAACUGCGACGACGGGACCAACGGCCUGAGUUCCUCAGGCUCCAGGACCUGCCUAUGGAUGAUAUGAUGGAGGAUACUCCCCUGUCCAUGUACAGCCUCUGAUGGAGACGGAGAGGACACAGUCUGACCUGAUGGAACAGCCAGAUGGACCCCCCAGACCGUUUGUCUCUGACCAGGUGGAACAGCUAGAACCCCACAGACCCUCUCCUUCUGAACUGGGGCUGCGUCUCUAUAGUCCAACCUGAUCUACUCACAGACAUGGUAAAUGUAUAGCAUGAGGUCAGAGAGAAACUAUUUUAUGUAAAGCUUUUAUGAGCAUAAUGCUCUAUUGAUGUGAGGUGAAUGCAGUGUGUGUGUGUGUUAGACACACAGGAAAAAAGAACACCCCCACCCAUUCCUUCCUUCCCUACCCCCACCUUAUUGGGGAGACUUUAGUUAUGUGUGUGUGUGUGUCACAAUGCAGGAUCAAAGAGAGCCAGAAAACUGCUAAAUAUUCUGAAAUAACUUCAUAUUUCGGACUUCAUAAAGAUACUGGUAGAUAGACUGUGGACAGGUGGAUACUGAUAGAUAGAAAUAGACAUGGUUUAACAGACUCAACAUUUAAAAGUUGACCUGUUUAAACGAAUUAGCAAUAGAUAUUUAUAUUUCCUAAUGUUUAUCAAAGUUAGCUAACUUAAGAGUUCCUGCUUGGGAUACCGCCCUCUGGUUGACAGAUCUGUUGGUUGCAGACUCCUGACGUUUGUUGUCGUGCCACUCAUCUGUAUCAAUGGGACUAAAGUUAUAGUUGAAACCGAGUGGUUCUAUUUGACUCCAUGUGGAGUUGAGUUGAAUGGUAGUUAAUAUGCACCCCUGUAUUAGUAGCUCCAUAUAUGAAGUGCCAAAAAAUUUACUGGCUGUAUUAUUAGGUUGAUAUGUUUUACUGUUUGACGUAAAGUCUGGAGUGAUGUUGAUGUUUUUUAAUUAAAGCACCUCACUGACUGGCAUCAGCCUUAGGUUAGAUGGUCAAAGUAAACAUUAGUCCACUAUAGUAAUUCAUUAGGUUUUGCUGAUGGUCUCCGACUCAAAAACAUCAGUGAUCGUCAAGUUGUAUACCAUCAGUGAAACAAGUUAACUUUCUCCAGAUGUAAUUCAUUAACGGAAUCACAGAAGGCUGCCACACUGUAGAGUUAAAUACUGUUGGUGUGUAAUGCAAAACCCUGUUGUACAAUAUUUCCACAUUGUGUAGGAGUUUAUAAAAUACGUUUUUUUUCUCCUCACGCUGAGUUGAGCCUUUUCAUCAUCCUCUUUAGUCAGGGUUUGAGGUUUGUGCCCGAAACCUUCUUUAUUAGUCUCCACAUGUGGAGACAUUUAAAACAUUUAAACAUUUAAAACUAGAGAGAAAUAACUAUCAUUCUAGCACAGUCUUUAUGGCAUGACAGAGCCUCUAAAAGGUCAAAGGUCAUUGAGGCUGAGGUCAGAGGGGCUGUCUAACCCCAACACCAGGUUCCCAUGAUCAUCAAGAUCGUCAUCCAAAUCCAAAUCAAA